GUUCGUGUUAGUGGUCACGUCGCUUCAGGUCAGAGAGAGACACACACACACAGUGCGCCCACAUCACACUGCAGCAAAUCUGCCAGAGAGUCAGUCAGUCAGUCAGUCACACGCUCUGGAGGCUCCCACAAAAGAGGCUUUUAUUUUUUAAAAAAAGCUCGUCCGUCUUGUUUCGCUUUCGUCAGAACAGAAGGAAAGCUUUGCUGCGCCAAAGUAAAGUUGUGGACGGAGACUGUGAGGAGAGAGAGAGAGAGAGAGAGUCUGUCCCGUGAGAAGCAGCUAAAGCUCUGCAGAGAGAGUGAGUGUGAGAGAGGGUGAGUGAGAGAGAGAGAGAGAGCAGCUCCUCUGCCCACAGGAGACCCUCCUCUUGGUUUGCAAACAGCCUCCACAAUGAUGAAGCCUGAUGUCAAGGUGGUGAUCCUGGGCGACAUGAACGUGGGGAAGACCUCACUGCUCCACAGGUACAUCGAGAAACGCUUCCAGGACACGGUGAGCACUGUGGGAGGAGCCUUCUACCUGAAGCAGUGGGGACCAUACAACAUCUCCAUCUGGGACACAGCAGGACGUGAACAAUUCCAUGGCCUCGGUUCCAUGUACUGCCGAGGAGCUGCCGCUGUGAUACUCACUUAUGACGUGACCAACAGACAGAGCUUAAGCGAACUUGAAGACCGUUUUCUGGCGCUCACAGACACAGCACAUGCUGAGUGCAUCUUUGCUGUCGUAGGAAAUAAAGCUGAUCUCACGGACGAAUGUGCCAUAGUCCAAACCUCUGAGGUGGGAGAAGAGGAAGAAGUCUCUCCAUCUACUUUGCACAAACAAGUGUUUAUGGAGGAUGCUAUAUAUUUCUAUAAACAAAUCAUUAAAUACAAGAUGCUUGAAGAAAAGGAUGUGCCAGCAGCAGAAAAGAUGUGUUUUGAAACCAGUGCCAAAACUGGCUAUAAUGUAGAUUUGCUCUUUGAGACUAUCUUUGAAGUUGUAGUUUCGUUUGUUCUAAAGAAGAGAGUUAAUCCACCCCAGACUGUGGUCCUCAGACAUAGUUUGAAGACCAAAAGGACUAAAUCACCUUGCUGCUCUUAAGAGGUGAAAUAUUGAAAAUGAUAUUUUGUAUUGUAAUCUCCAUCUGUAUGGGAGGUGAGAAAUUCUAGUUUUAGAACUGUAAAGGAUGAACCAUUCUUCCUUUACAAGACAUAACGACUCCAAGUGAAGUGCAAUUCACACAGUGAUCUGCAUCACACAAGGGUCUAGAGUAAAUGGAUAUUGUGAUCUUGCUGAUGAAUUAUGGCCUUUUGUUACAUAUGUGAAGUUUCCACGUAAAAUUACUGUGGCAGCUGUCUUCUGCUGGUGACCAAUUGUAUGAGAAAAAUAUGGCUUCAAACUAUUCUAAAUUUAACGAACAGUUGCUGCAUUUUAUCACCUGAAUAAAGCAUUCAAGUCCUACUUUCUUUGACCUGUGUAGGUUGGACUUGUGGUCAACGACUGAAAGAUUUAAUGCCAGGGAUGGCUGUUUUAAGCAAGAUGCAUAGAAUGGUUUGGUUGGGGAAUGCUUUAAAGGGGGUGUGAACUUUUUUCUUUUUUAGAUAGCCUUAACCUGCAGCUUGAUGGACCACAACUGAAUAUUUGCUUAUUGAAGACCAAAGACCUAUUUUCUUAAAUGAUACAAAUUUAAAAUUGAAUGGUGAAGGCAAUCUUGUAAUGUGGUUACGUGCUUGUGCAUGUAAGCAUAUGCCCUAAAAUACUGAUUAGUUGUUAACAUUUAGUUUAGCAGUUUUCUAAAUGCUAACAUUUCCUGGUACUGGAGUGACUUUUGAAUGAUGUAAUUCUCUGAAUGUCUGGCCAUGAAGUAUCUUGGUGUCAGCAAUGAAUGUUUUUUGAUACCAAAUCCUAUAGUGAUUAGAAUGAAUACUUAUCUUUUGGAGAUGGUGUGUGCAAUUACUAAAGGUAAUUUUUCUACAAUAAAACUGAUUUGCACUGUAAUCCAAUAUAUGUUUUAAUAAUAUGUAUUGAUAUCUUGAAUAAAAUUAUUUUUUUA